UUUCUUGUUUUUUUUUCAAAAACUUCCUAAUCCUAAUCACAUCAAGUUUCGUCGUUAAAAUCGAGUUAAUUCGUCGAAUUUACAAUUAAUUUCGGUGUUUUCACAAUGUCUAGACGAUUUUAUCGAAAUCUAACCAUCUUGAGCUUGCUUUCGCUGUGUCACACAGCGUAUUCAGCCGCCAAACAUCGUUCAUAUUUACGUCUAAAAGAACAAGAAAAUGGAACUCUUCCGUUGGAUAUCAUCGUUCAAGGAAUUCUCAGUUUGGUAAUCGCUAUGAUCGGUAUUGUAAAUAUCGCCGGAGAAUUCAAAGAAAUCAGCGCGACCAAGAAUUUGGAACGAAAGUCCUGGGAAACUUUACGAAAUGUGCCAUCGUUCUACGUAUUCAAUCACCGCGGACAGGCCCUUUCACCAGAUUACAACAGUACCGAAGCUAUCCAAGGUCUAAGUUGAGAAGAUGAUAAGUUGGAAGUUUUGGAUAGAAUACCAAAGAUACGAGUCUUCAUUUCACCUGCGCUGGAAUUACUCGAACAAUGUCGUGGUUUGGUUCUUUAUAUCGAGUAUGUUUAAUUUAAUAUCAAAUUACGUUUCUGUAAAUAAUUUCUAUUGUAGGUUUUCUCUUGUGUACGUAAACGAUGUUCCGUUGUUGAUUUUUAAAAUACAAACGUAGAAAUGCGA